UUUUGCUGAGAGAAGACUGCCAGAAGCCAUGUCAGAAUGUGGGGGAGAGACUGCACUUCUCUUUCCAGUGGAAGGAGGACUCAAUCCAGAGUUCAAGAAACUCCUGUCUCAACUGAAUCAUCUCAGUCAGGGGUACCAGCUGAACCUGGCAAACAAUCUGUUCAUACAAAAAGGAUAUGAAUUUUUUCAGCAAUAUCUCACAUGCGCCAGGGAAGUCUAUGGAGCUGUGUUGCAAACAGUUGACUUUUAUAAUGCAACGGAAGAGGCAAGGCACACAAUUAAUCUUGAAGUUGACAAACAGACACAAGGAAACAUCAAGGAACUUUUUGCUCCGGGUACGAUUGGGCCAGAAGUUGUGUUGGUGCUGGCAAAUGCUGUCUACUUUAAAGCAACUUGGCAACACCAGUUUGAUCCGAACAAAACAACAGAGAGAGAUUUUAGGCUCAGCGAGAAUGAAAGUGUACCCGUGCCUAUGAUGCAUCAAAAAGGUCUGUUCAAGCUGGGAUACUCCGAGCCAAUGAACAUGCAGAUUCUUUGCCUCCCCUACACUGGUGAAGUGUUUUCCAUGAUUAUUAUGCUGCCAAAUGACAUCAAUGGUCUGGCACAGGUUGAGGACAUGCUGUCCUGUGAGAAUUUGACGCAGUGGAUGGCUUCACAAAAUAUGAAUGAAGAUCACGUAGAGAUGUAUAUACCCCGGUUCAAGCUGGAAGGCACCUGUGACCUCAACCUGACUCUGCAAGAACUGGGAAUGAUUGACGUAUUUGACGAGUCCAAAGCUGACCUUUCUGGAAUGUCUCCCUCACGCCAACUUUUCCUGUCCAAAGUUAUUCACAAAGCCUGUAUUGAUGUUAAUGAAGUGGGGACUGUAGCAGCAGCUGCAACAGGCGCUGUUGUCUCUAACAGAGCCAUGAUAUCUUAUGAACUAUUUGUAGCAAAUCACCCAUUCCUCUUCUGUAUCCGACAUAAUCCUACCAACACUGUACUUUUCCUUGGCAAAUUCUGCUCUCCUUAA